AUGUGUUUUAUAAAUAGUUUAUCACAGCUAUUGAUGUUUGAUACUAUGUCCUCAGUUUUAAAUGUCUGUACUGGUCCAUACUAUAUAUAUAGUAUGAACCAGUACAGACAUUUAAAACUGAGGACAUAG